AUGCCACAACUCAGCAAGGUAAUACAAUAAAUGAGGGAUUUAUUAUUAUUAUUCGAAUCAACAAAUUACAGAUCGAGGAACUUGCAAAACAAGUGAUGGAAGGGGCACAAUUAAAGACUCAUAAAUAUUUUCGAAUUGCAGUACCGCAUGCAUUAACGGGUCAACAAAUAAUUGCACUUGUUUUAGAAAAAGUUUGUGAAACUACUUGAAUAUUAUUCGAGAAAAUCCAAAUUUUCAGGGAGCUCCAGAAGAUGAUGUUGAAGCUGGUCAUUUAGCAUCACUUCUUUUACAUCAUGGUUAUCUUUUUCCAGUUAUUGAACACGUUUGUUUUGUCAGGUAAUAAAUAAUCCAAGUUUUAUUCAUAAAUGGAUAAAUUAUUGCAGAGAUGAUGGAACACUUUAUCGUCUUCAACGACCAUAUUUUUGGCCAUCUCAAGCUGAAAUUGUUCCAGAUGUUGAAUAUGCAAUUUAUUUGAAUAAACGACUAUUAAGAAAUGAGCAAAAACAUGGAUUAGAAGAAGACGAAGUUGAGUCAUUUAAUCGAUUAGCUGAUGUUUUGGCACAUAUGUGGACAUUCAUUGUUCAACAAUCAGAAUUGCAAUUAAAACAACAAAAGGAGAAGAAGAAAGUGGAAAAAGUUGUUUUUGAUUCGGAAGAAAGAGCAUUUUGGAAAAGUCGAAAACCAACAAGAGGGGCUGCUAAUUAUCUUGAAGAUGCUUAUAACAAAGUAUGUUUGUUGAUUGAAAACAAAAUGAAUUUCAAAAAAGAGAAAUUUUCAGACAGAGAAAAAAAUUCGACGUCAAAAUGCACAAGGAUAUCGAUGUUUGAUGGAUCGAUUGAGAUUUGCAAUCAAAACAAAACCAUGGUUAAAAGCAUUAAAAGCUUCGGAUACAAUGGUUACAUGGGUUGAUCAAAGAGCUGAUUAUGAUCCAUUUUUGACAGCACCACAACCAUCUAAUCCUUGGUUAACCGAUGAUACAUCAUUCUGGUCACUUAAUACUGAUACGUUAGUUUCAACUUAUUUCCUUUUCAAAAAUUGUAAUAUUCAUAUUUUUCAGUGUCGAAGUUCCGACAGAAAGAAGAGUUAAAAGAUGGGGAUUAUCAGUUCAAGAAUUAGUCAAAGAUCCAAUUGGUCGACAAGUUUUAGAAACAUUCCUCGAAUCAGAAUUUUCAUCAGAAAAUAUACGAUUCUGGAUAGCAAUUCAAGAUUUGAAAUAUGCACCAAAUGAAUUAAUUUAUCAAAAAGGUGAACGAAUACGUGAAGAAUUCUUAGCUCAAGGUGCACCAGCUCAAGUAAAUGUUGAUUCACGAACAUUGGAUCAAACAAUUGAUUGUAUAGGAAAAGCAAAAGAUGCUUCACAAAUGCGUUUUGCAUUUUGUCAUUCAGAAGAACAUGUAUUCACAUUAAUGGCAAAAGAUUCGUAUCCUCGUUUUGUUCGAUCACAAAUAUAUAAAGGUGUUUUAUCUGCUGCGCAACAACAAGGAUCAAGAAGACUUGGAUGGAGAAACUUUGUUUUUAAUAUGGGAGCAACUAAAAAACCAACAUCAACUAAACCAACUAAAGUAAUUAACUAAUUUCCUAUAUUUCUAAAAAAAUAUACAUCUAAUUUCAGCCACAAGAUUCAAUAGGAGCUGGUCAACCAUUACCUAAACAACUUUCAUCUGAUUCUUUACCUGUUCGUCAGGCUCAUUCGGUUAAGUGAGUGUGCUUUCAACCGUUUUUUGUGCUUUAAUAUUAAUCUACUAAUUUCAGACCUGAACCUGAAUAA